AUGGAGGCAGCCAUUUCGGCAAUUGCAAGUGACCUAAUGAGCCGGUUCAUGUCCUUUCUAAUCAAGAAAUACACAGUAACUACCGUGAAAGAUGACAAGACAAAAAGGAUGAAGGAACUCCUACUCAGGGUCCAUGCAGUGGUCGAGGAAGCAGAUGGGCGAUGCAUCACAAACCCUAAGAUGCUAACUCAAUUCAAGAUGCUUGCAGAGAUCAUGUAUCGAGGGUACUACAUGCUGGACACAAUCAAUUACAAACCUCCAAAUGAUGAGGAGGUAAGAAGAUUAUCAACCGUGUCAGUUUCUUUGAAGCGCUCACGCACAAUUUUUGGUACACCUAGAAACCCAGCUAUUGAUAAUGAAUUAGAAACUGCACUGAAUAAUCUGGAAGCUGCUGUUUCUAAUAUGAAUGAGUUUGUUGUAAUGUUAGUGGGAUGUGAACGCAUGUGUCGCAGGCCCUAUGAUACUUACCUCUACACAGAUAAUUUUAUGUUUGCUCGUCAUGUCGAGAAGCAGCAGAUUAUCAACAUUUUGUUGCAAAAUCCUUGUCAUCAUAGUGCUCCUCUCGUUCUUCCGAUCAUCGGUGGUUGCAGGGUAGGAAAGAAAGCUUUGAUCAGCCAUGUCUGCAACGACGAGCGUAUUAGAUCUUACUUUUCUUUUAUUUUGUACAUCAGUGGAGACAGCAUGGGGAGAAUAGAGUAUGCAAAGUUAAAAAAGGAGACGUCUUUGAUUGUUUGUGAAUAUUUUACGGACAUUGAUGAAGAUGACUGGAUAAACUUCUAUUCUACUAUAAGUCAGAUGACAGCUGGAGGAAGUAACGUGGUAAUCAUAAGUAGGAUUGAAAAUCUUGCGAGGUUUGGAUCAGUAAAGGCAGUUCGUCUAAAUAGUUUAUCAAAAGAGGUGUACAACUAUCUUUUCAAGAAGUUAGCAUUUGGAAGCAUUGAUGAAAAGGAAGAUCCUAAGAUGGCAUCGGUUGCAAAUGAUCUUGCAGUAGUCCUUGGUGGAUCCCUGAUAACAGCAAAUGUGAUUGCUGACUUGCUUAGAAGGAAUCAUGAUGUUCACUUCUGGCUCCACAUAUUGCAACGCUUCGAGGGGAUGGUCAAGAAUAAUUUAUCAAAAUAUGGUGAACAUCCAAAAGAUAUCAUUGAGAAAGAGAAGCCAGUAGAUGCCACUAGAUUUGUGUCAUCUUAUCCUACUCGUCUUCAUAUCAUGCCACCUCGAGUAGAAAGGGACGAUCUUCCAAACAUAGGAAUGCCAACUAUAUUCUUCGGAGAUCUAAUAGCUGGAUCUGUGGCAAUUCCAAAUGGUGAUUUUGAAAUAGUAACAUGGAAAUCACGAAUACCACCUUAUACUAAGUAUGUAUCAUCUGGUACAUCUUUUGUCGAUGACAAGAAUGGAUUCAAAACUAUGAGAAAGCGCCGAUCUAGUAGUUAA